AUGAAAUUUUUUCAUUUUUUCAUAUUUUUAUUCAAUCUUGUAACAUGUGAAACCGGAGAUCUAAUAGAAACAUAUUAUGGAACGAUUGCUGGACAAAAAAUUACAGUAUUAGGUGAAGAAAUGACUGAGUAUUUAGGAAUUCCAUAUGCAUAUCCACCAACCCAUUUUUAUAGAUUCCAUCCGCCAUAUGAAUUAGAAGAAAAACGUCUUAAUGGAACUUAUUAUGCAGUUCAUAAAAGCGAAGGAUGUCCACAAAUUAUUAGAGAAAUGGGUUUUGACGGAUAUGAUGCAUCAAAUCCAAAAAAUGGAACUGAUGAAAACUGUCUUAAAUUUAACAUGUGGGUACCAAAAGGUAAAAAAAAUAUGCCAGUUAUAGUUUUUUUCCAUGGUGGUAGUUGGACAGUAAGAACUGGUAGUGCUGAUAAAUUUAAUGGAUCUGUUCUUGCUUUAAAAACAAAAUCAAUUGUUGUUGUACCUAACUUUAGACUAGGAUUUUUUGGUUUUGCUUAUUUAAGUGGUGAAGAUGGAAUAGAAGGUAACAUGGGAUUAUUAGAUCAACAAAUGGUAUUAAUAUGGAUUAAUAGAACAAUUGAAAGUUUUGGUGGUGAUAGGGAUAAAGUAACUAUUUUUGGAACAAGUUCUGGAGCGUCUUCAGUAGCAGCUCAUUUAUUUUCCAACAAUAGUAAACCAUUUUUCAAAAGAGGAAUAAUGAGUUCUGGUACUAUAACACAUUUUAUGACUACAGUUUCAAGAGAUAUAGCAGACCAAAAUACUAGAAAUGUUUCAAAAAAAGUAGGAUGUAUUACUAAGGAAAAUGAAGAGACAAUAACGAAUACAAAAAUUUUGGAAUGUUUACGUAAUAAAACUGUAGAUGUAUUGUUAGAAGCUGCUAGAAAUGUUAGUGCUCCUGGUCAAAUGCCAACACCAUUUCCUUUUAUGCCUAUUGAUAAUGAUACAGUUUUUUUUAAUGGAAGUAUUAAAGAUAUGUAUAACAAAAAACAAUUUAAUAAAGAUGUUGAUUUGAUGCUUGGAAGAACAGCUGAUGAAGCAACAUUUUUUAUGGCAACUGGUUUUACAAAUAAUAGUAUGUUUAAUUGUCAUUUUUAUCCAGAUAAACCUGCUAAUGACCCUACUAAUCAAUGUGUAAUGGAGGAAGACAACUUUAAAAAUCUAGUUAAAUUCGGGGGAAAUAUAUUAAAAUUUGAUGAAACAGAAAUUAAUAAGUUACAAGAAAUUUAUAAUAAUUCUGCAAGCACAUAUACUAACCGAUCUAUAAGAAUUUUAUCUGAUUUUAUUUUUGAUUGUGAACUUUCUAGAUUUGCAAUCACAUUUGCAAAUGUUUCUAGCAAAAAUACUUAUUUUUAUGAAUAUAAUAGACGAUCACCAAUAAACCCCUGGCCAAAAUGGACUGGUGCAAUGCAUGGAGAUGAUUUAAUUGAUAUAUUUGGUAUACCAUUUAGACAUCCUGAUAAAUAUGAUAAUGAAACUUUAGAACGUGAAAAAGUUUAUUCAGAAAAUGUAAUGUGGGCAAUUGGUAAUUUUACAAAAAAUGGUGAAAAGCAAAGUGUAUGGAAAAAGUUAAAUGUAAGUCAUCCUGAAGCGCUUGUAUUUAAUGGAGAAUUAGGACAAGAAGGAAAAACGACACAAUAUGCAAAUGCUACACCAUCAACAUGUACUGAAUUUUAUAAACUUUUUCAAGAAUCUUUGAAAAGGCGAAUGAUGUCAAAUAAGCUUAGUACAACACCACCAAAUCAAUCAGAGUAA